CGGUCUUCGGGGACCCAUGCCUUGGGUAGUCCUAUCAAUACGCAGGGGUCUUGGUAGGAAAAGCAUGUUCAUCACUUCUGAGCAAUAAUUAUUCCACGCCUUAAUUUUCACUCAAAACUAUUAGAGAAGUAACGUGGGUGGCACGUGCGGAGACGUGUUCGUGUAAGACUUCCCGGGGAAAAUUAUGUUUUCCAUAAUAAUGAUAAAUAAAACCAACCCCUGCGAUGAUGAGCAAAUUUAGGAGGGCAUAGAGACGUGAAAGACAUUAAUUCUCUCCCCAUUAAACUUUACUAGGGCAAGAUGGAGGCCGAGGCCACCUCUUCCACCGCUCCGGCGAGGCUGAGGUGCCCCCGCGUGCAGGCCACGGACGAGGACCAGGUCCGCGUGAAGCGGCGGGCCCUCGAGGUGGUACUCGAGAACUGCAAGAGAGCGAUGGAAUUGUUGGAGAACGCGGCCCCUGAUUGCGAUCCCAACGACGAGGGCGAAGCACGGGAGGCGGCGGUAGCGGCUGGUGAGGUGGAGGGAUCGCCACCGCGAUCUCAAUCUGCAGCAGAUCCCGAUGCCAAUGCCUAUGCCUAUGCCUAUGCCUAUGCCGAUGAUGAUGAGCUAUGUGCACUUCUCAAGUUGAAAGUUGAAUCACCAGAUUUCCUUGAAAAGCUUGGAAGCAUCCAGACAUCUAUUUGCAAUAAUGUUCAUGCAGAUGAUGAUUCAUCUUGGGAUGUGAUUACCGCCGCAGACUUGUGGGAAGAUAGGCCUGUUGAUGGAGGGAACGACUCAGACCAAGAUGAUUAUGUUCUUGUCAGGCAAGAGGACAUUGUGGAUGGCAUAGCAUCCUUCAUGGCUGCCUACCUACUAGCACUAAAGCAAACUAAAGAUUUUAUUUUGCAGGAAUUAACUCCAAAUCAGCUUCAAGAUGCCCUAUGCAAAACAUUUUCUGGAAAGAAGAAGAAGAGUAAACUUCAGAAGGCAUGGGAUGGAAGCAAAGUCAUUUACAAUGUUGCUUCUUGGGGUGCAACUGCUAUUGGGAUAUACCAGAAUCCAGCAAUAAUCAGGGCAGCAUCUGUAGCCUUCUGGUCCUCUUGUCGCGUUAUAUCAAAGUUGUUUUGAUGACUCUACCUGAAUGAUGUGCCAUUGGAAGAACAUAAAAGAGUAGGCUUUUUUGUGGGCAUCAAACAAGCUAAAAAUUCUUAAUACUGUGUAAUUAGUGACUUGAAAGAAGAUCUCCUCCUGCAAGAAGGGAGGCCAUUUCUCCAGAUUUAUGACAUUGUAAAUAUGGAUAUAAACUAGUUAGUUGUCUAUUCACAUUGCAGCUCAAUGUACAUAUUUCCCUUGAUUGAUCAUCAAGAUUAGCAACUUGCAUUACGAUCAUCUUA